CGUCUCCUCUUCACAUGUGGAACCCAUGAUUGUGGCUUCCUAACUUUGUGUCCCCACAGAGAUACUCAUUGCCGAGCUUCUAAUAUUGUUUGUGAUAAGCAUGCUUGUAUAGUAUACCUGUCCUAACAGUAGCCUGUAAAGGUGUAAUCCUGUAUUCAACAGCUUUGGUGGUUAAGGCUCUAAAUGCAAAUACUACCAAACUAAAUAGAUGUAGCAUUACCGCUCAUCGACACUAGGGGGUAAUGUAAACGCUUGUUUCUGUCGGUUUGUUUCACCAUAUUAACUUGUAUUCCCUAAAUCUUUACGCACCUGGCAAUUGCAUUCAUUCGGGAACUGAAAGUGGGUGACUCAGAAACAUGAAACCGGAAUUCCGUUUUGUCAAGAUCCAUCGGCGCGUCAGACCAACGUUUCCCCUUCCUGAGAAAGUGCGCCACCGUGGGGUCCGCAGGUUGUUCUACAACAUACAUGAAAAAGGAAUGAAAAAAGAAAGGUGGUUUCUACUAAAUAUCAUGAGCGCCACCAAACAAACGUGCGUGAUCAUUUUAAACAAUCGCGCAAUAAAGUUUUGGUCAAAAACUUUGGUUAAAAACAAAAGAAUAAAUAGCUCAAAUGCAUGAAGAGAGUUUGCUGUCAAGUGCCAGUCAUAAACCUCCUGGUGUUCAUUAACAUGGUGGCUGUUGGAUGUAUGCUGGAGGUGUUGCUGUGGUGAUCCGCACAGAGGGGGCGGGCUUGGAAGGCACUCCGGAGUCCGGUCGAACAGUCAGGAUCACAAGUCACAAGCGGAGUCACAUCGGACGGCAAGAUGACCAAGAAACUAUGUGGGACCAGAUACCCUGUCAGCAUCUGCUUUAUAGUGGUGAACGAGUUCUGCGAACGCUUCUCCUACUAUGGCAUGAAAGCUCUGUUAACGCUGUACUUCGUGACAUACCUGCACUGGGACGAGGACCUGUCCACGGCCGUGUAUCAUGCCUUCGGUAGUCUUUGCUACUUCACACCCAUACUGGGAGCUGUCAUCGCGGACUCCUGGCUCGGGAAGUUCAAGACCAUCAUCUACCUGUCCAUCGUCUAUGUGAUCGGCCAUGUGGUCAAGUCCGUCGGAGCAAUUCCCACUGUGGGAGACAAUUCGACACACAUUGCUCUGUCCAUGGUGGGGUUAAUACUCAUCGCCUUUGGAACAGGAGGAAUCAAACCUUGUGUGUCAGCUUUUGGAGGAGACCAGUUUGAUGAAGAGGAUAUCAGCCAGAGACAGAAAUUCUUCUCCAUCUUUUACAUGUCAAUUAACGCUGGCAGCCUUUUGUCUACUGUGAUCACUCCCAUCCUGAGAGGUGAUGUGCAGUGUUUCGGAGGUGACUGCUACGCUCUGGCCUUCGGUGUUCCUGCAGCUCUGAUGAUGGUGGCUUUACUGGUCUUCAUCCUGGGGAGUGGGCUGUACAAGAGGAAUCCUCCUCAGGGAAACAUCUUGUUGGAAGUCUGCAAAUGCAUUGCGUGUGCAAUCAGAAAUCGCUGGAGGAGGUCCAAGAAUGAGCCAGCAAGGAAUCACUGGCUAGACUGGGCUCAAGACUCGUAUUCGAAACGCCUGAUCCAGGAAAUUAAAAUGGUUCUGAGGGUGCUGGUGCUUUACAUUCCCCUGCCCAUGUUCUGGGCUCUGUUUGACCAGCAGGGAUCCCGCUGGACACUGCAGGCCAAAGGAAUGAACAUGGCAUUUGGAAACUCCUUCACAAUAAAACCUGACCAAAUGCAGAUGCUGAAUGCUCUGCUCAUCCUCAUCUUCGUGCCCAUCUUUGACCUCAUCAUAUAUCCACUUGUCGGUCGCUGCAGAAUCGAUGUCACGCCCUUGAGGAAAAUGGCUGCUGGGAUGGUUUUUGCCGCAGUGGCUUUUGGAGCCGCCACUCUGGUGGAGGUCAACGUCAGGAAAUCUGUGGUGGAGCCUCCACCAGCCAGGAACUGUCUCCUGCAGGUGUUGAACCUGGCUAAAGAUAAUGUCACUGUCCAGUUUCCCAGCGGUCCAGAGUUUCCUUCUGUUCCAUACCUCCAGGACCCUGAAGAAUAUGUUGCAGUUCCAGUUGAGACUCCAGGAGAAGUGAAUAUCCAAGUGGUCUAUAAUGGAGCGACAUCCGAGUGCAGACAGGUUUUAAGAUGGGAGCGAGCCUACACUCUCGUCCUGUACCCAGCAGCUACAGGGAUCCAGUGUAAACUUGUGCAAGACCACAUCAAGAAAAAUGGAGAUGGGAAUCCUUUCCUGAGAUUCCUCAACACGAUGCCAGAUGCUUGGAACGUAACCGUGGGUGGCGUGCUGUUCCACCUGCUGCCUGGGUACAGCGUGUCUCCCAACAAGACUAUCACUCGAGACGUAUACAUGUCCACCUGUUGUAAAGUCAAUUCUGAUGUUUGUCAAAAGCUGGACCUGGGCCUUCUGGACUUCGGCGCCUCCUACACUGUUGUUCUCUUCGAGGAGGGACGUGAGAUCAUUGCAAAAAAGAUGGAGGACGUGAAAGCAAGCGAUGUUCACAUUACCUGGCAGAUCCCUCAAUACGUGCUCAUCACAGCGGGAGAAGUGAUGUUCUCCAUCACUGGCCUAGAGUUCUCCUACUCACAGGCUCCACCAAACAUGAAGUCGGUCCUGCAGGCCGGCUGGUUACUCACUGUAGCGUUUGGAAACGUGAUUGUGCUGAUCGUAGCUGAAGGAGCUGGACUGGAACAGUGGAUUGAGUUCCUGCUUUUCGGCGGCCUGCUGCUAGUCGUCUGCGUCAUCUUCUCCGCCAUGUGCUGCUUCUACACGUACGUCAACCCGGAGGAGCUGGAAAGCCUGCAGAUGCAGGAGUCUGUCUUUCUGGAUGAAGACGGUGAGAAGAAAAGCAAAGGCAAUGAACAGGAGCACAGGGGCACAAAAUUGUAACGGCGAACCAAUGACUUGGCGUCAGAAGCAAAAGUUCUGUUUCCUACAUGGCUAUAAUUUUACAAUAAGCGUGAAGAGAAUUUCAGUAUUUGCUGUCUGAAUACCUUUCCAAACAGAUGAAAUAUUUUUGUGAACGCAUAAUGAAUGGAUCAGUGAGGCUAGAUUGAUUACCGUGCAAUGUCAAACCAUGAUAAAUAGUGUUAUUAGUGUUUGUAUUUGUUAUCUGACUAAUGUGUCAAUUAUUUUUGUUAUGGUAGUUUUAGUCUUUAGGUCUAGUUGACUUCCUAUUUUCUUUUGUCGUGUGGAAUGUGACGUGCAGUCGGAUCGCAGACCUCCACUUUUAUACAUAACUCAUUAUACUUACCUUUUACUUUCCGUCUCAAGUGACGGUUUUAGUCAAAAACAUUCAUGUAUUAUGACCAAUGCUGCCUGUACAAACAAGACAAGCGAAUCCAGCACUUGAGAGUCCUCACAUAAAUGCAAACAUCCGUCAUAGUGAGAAAGCAGUGGGCAUAUUUCAUAAAAAAGUGCAGCUAAAGUGGCUCCUCAGAAAUGUUUAGUAAUAACAAUGAGGCUACUUAACACAACUUGCUUGUCAAAUGUUUCAAUUAAACUUGCAAGCACAUUGGCAAAAACUUAGAUCCUGUCAAGAUGGAGUUUUAUGUGUACUCUCCUACACACUCCUGUUUCCUCCCACAGUCAAAAAACAUACAUGUGUUCAUUGGUGACAGGGAGGUGUGCGUCGACAUGUGUGCGAAUGGUGGUGCUGUCACGGGUGUGUUAUUCCCUUCUGAGGUGAAAACAUUAAAUUGACUGAUUUUAAACUGUAAAAACUUUGACUUUAACUUCCAAGGUGUCAUGAACAGUACCGACUCACGAUAGUGAUAUUCCUAAGUGAAUCACACCAUUGGGUGACUCUUUCUUGUGUACGGAACACGAGGACAUGAGGUGGCGUUGAAAGGUUUACUGAGCUGGAUUAGCUGGAUUCUGUUCACUGGCAUCUCACUGACAUUUCAGGUACAAAACUAAAAUAAAACGAUCACAUCCUUCAAAUUUGAGGUCUGCGCUGAGACUCUCACCCGCUUCUAUGCUCCUUGCUUUUAUUCCGAACAUGAAGUGAGUGCAGGAACACCGAUCAACUCAUAGGACACCUUGAAACAAUGCUCCUUUAUUUCAUUCAGGAAACGUGUGAAUGAAGCUGCUCCCUGUAAGUGUUUGUAAAUACUUUGUUGUCAUGUCAGUUGUUUUGUGUUGUUCAGAUUUUUUUAAGAUUAAAAAUAAGCAUCUAAAAAUCAGUCCGUUUUCUUCCAUUGUUUAACAUUCAGCAUCUCAUCUGAGUUUGAUCUGUGGCAGAAGAUUAGAUCUAUUCUCUUGGUUUCACUUCCUGCCAUGACU